UCCGCUGUUAAUCCUGGUGCAUUGCCCUUGGACCGAGGUGCAUGUCGCAGCGAGAGUGACAAGGAAUAUUUGCUCAUCUUUGGAUAUUAAAAGCGUGGAUAUUUUUGGAAAUCAUGCAGAAAUCUUGAAAUGAGAGUGUGAAAUGGUAUCACCGAAAGUGAGGAUAAUUAUCACUGCCCCAUUGAUGAAUACGAGCAGAACGGGUCUCAGGAAUAGCAGCGGCUGCAUUCAUAAACACUUCUUUAGGACUCACAACAACCCCUGAGCUUUGUUUUGGGGUCACAAAACACCAUAUAUUCCUGUUGUGCACGUGGGUUGACAAUGGCUGAAAAAGGUAAAAUGAACAUAGAGCAUCUCGGCGGAGUUGUCAGGCUCCGAGAGGAACACGAGAAGGUGGUGAAAGACUGUGAAAGUCGGAUGCAGCACUGGAAGAAGGUGUCAGGUGACUAUGCAGCCCUGAAAGACCGCCUUAAAACCCUUCCAGAUCAGCUGUCUUAUGACAUCAUGGUGCCGUUUGGCCCCUUGGCCUUCAUGCCUGGGAAGCUGGUGCACACAAACGAGGUCACAGUGUUGCUCGGCGACAACUGGUUCGCCAAGUGCUCUGCCAAGCAGGCUCAGAAAAUUGUUGAUCACCGGAUGAAAUAUGUGGAGAGUGAACUCAAUGGUCUGUCGCAGACAGCAAAGAAUUUUGAAGCCAGAGUCGGGCUUGUGAAGGAUUUGGAAACCAUGUCAUCCAGUAAAGGGGACUACGUCGACAUUAGAGAAGACACUGGAAGCACCGAUGCUGCUCUCACCAAAGGAAAGCAAAGAAUAGCUCACAAACCAAACUCUAAGCCCAAGCUGGAUGCCGUGUUGGAUCUAAAAGAGGAGGAUGAAGAAGAGGGCGGAGAUGGAGAGAGCAGAAAAGGCGUCAUGACUGAGGAGGAGUUGUGGGCGAGGUUGGAUGAACUGGAGAAACUGGAGGAGCUACAAGAUGAGCAGGACAGAUUAUCUGAUAACGCGGACAUGAAUGGCGAGGACACAUCAUCCCUUUCCUCGGAAGAGGAGAAGGAGGGAGACGCUGCUCCUCCGGUAAAUGGACUGAGUCUGAAGCCAAGCUGGACCUCCGUGCCUCACAGCGCAGCACCACCCAGUGCAGAAAGGAAAGAAGAAGAAGAAGACGACGAGGAAGUGGAGGGCAACUGUUUGCCCACCAUCUUUUUCUCUCACACUAUCGAACCCAAGAAGGUGAGGAUAAACACAGGAAAAAACACCAUGUUGAAGUUCAGUGAAAGGAAGGAGCAGAAAGAACACUCCAAGAGGAAAAAGAAGAACGGUCACAAUAACGGGCACUCUCAUCAUGAACUUUACAAAAUCACAACACCAGCGGACAUUUACAGGUUGUUUGUGGAUGUGAAAAACGGGGAACUCAUCCCCAGAAAGUCCAUCUUAAAGUCUCGCAGCCGAGAGAACAGCGUGUGCAGCGACACGAGUGAGAGCAGCGCGGCGGACUUCGAAGAGCGCCGGAUGGUCGGACGCAGCUUCAGCCACGAUGAAGCGACGCACAGUGACACCAGUGACGGCAUCACGGAGGAGGACAGCCCCACAGCCAUCCCAAUGCAUACCGCGAGCAGAUUUGAGGCCUUUUCAGGUACAGUGGUAGAAAAGGACCCGAUGCCUUCGGCCGUCCCCCAUCUGACCAUCGUUCCCCCGGCUCUGCCAACCAUCCUGGAGAGGAAACAGGAGGAGGUGGCGCCUGACGUCACCCCGCCCCAGCAUGCCCCGAAAAGGGUGUCGAAGUUUAAAGCUGCCAGGUUGCAGCAGCAGUGACUGUUAACGAGCAAAUUUUCCAUUUUCACAAUAACUUCUUGUUUGUUUUUAUAAAAAAAAAAGCCUGUUUCUUUUCUACAAACUGAUGAACUGCACAAACCAUCCUCUCUUUUCUUUGACGUGUCUUCACUUCUAUUCAUACAGGGUUUCUGUCAUUGAGUAUGACUGUUGAUUGCGAUAAAGUACAGUAGCAACGCCUUGUGUGUAAAACUGCUUCUUAACAAGCUGCAAACACUAGAAACUGCAGUCUGUUUUGCAUAUCCACUCCUACUGUAUCAAUGGCACCCAACGGUUAAAACCAAUUUCUGACUGUCAUAUGUUUACCUGUCUUAUGCUUUUCUGUUGAUUUACACUAUUGCCAGUAUAGGUAA